UAUGAUUAUCACUUGAACUGCUUUUGCACGUACCUAGUUCUAUUUGUCCUCAUUGCACUUCCCCCUGUAUUGCGUAAAUGGAGCAUCGUGGCUAUAUAAUGUUUCGUAGCAAUUUAUCGUUAUCGCAACAAUUUUUCACACGGAAAACAGAAUCGAUUGGCAAACAAAUUUAUGAAUAUAAACAAACACUUGUCACGGGUGCAACAGCGAAGCCGAGAGUCUUGUGGAGAAGUGUUAUUCCUCUUGGUGAAGUAGACCAAGAAGCACUACUCCGAAAAUGAGGGAUUUCAGCAAGGUUCUGGGAGGUAGCCUGCAGGGCACCAGAUCGCGCACUACAUCGGCCAAAUUGCUUGUUUUGAUUCUUGCGUGGACGUUUGCUCCAGCCGCACGUUGUGGCGACGCGGAAUCCCGUCCGCCGAACGUUGUACUUUUCAUAAUGGAUGAUGUCGGGAUGGGAGACAUUGGAUGCUUUGGUAACGACACGAUCAAGACGCCUAACCUCGACAACUUGGCCCAGGAAGGAGCCAAACUGACACAGCACAUGGCCCUGCCGUUAUGCACGCCCAGUCGAGCUGCGCUGAUAACUGGUCGGCUGCCAGUCCGAUAUGGUAUGGGGGCCGAAGGAAGGAUGAGGGUGUUUAUUUACAUAUCGGCGCGUGGUGGUGUACCUUCUAACGAAACCACGGUUGCCGAAUUAUUGAAAGACGCUGGAUACGCUACGGCCAUGAUAGGCAAGUGGCACUUGGGCAUUUCAUGCACCGAUGAGAAUUCCUGCUCCGAUCCUAAUUCGCAAGGAUUUGACUAUUUCUACGGCCUUCCCAUGACUAACCUACGGGACUGCGGAACGGAGAGCACCGUCUCCUAUGCCUGGGCCAAGCCGCGAAGGGUAUACGCCAAGAUGGCGUACUCGGUACUUGGCGCACUGGCAGCCGCCAUGCUCCUCAAGUGGAUGGAAUUAAUUGGCUACAGGAGCGUUGUGCUGUUCCUGUUUGUAGCCCUCGCUGCCAACGGUUCACUCUUGAUGCUCUGGAAGGCAAUCAGGAUCAACUGCGUCCUGAUGGAGAACCGUGAGAUCGUGGAGCAGCCACUCCAGUACGAUCACCUGACCGAGCGCCUGCACAGCCGCGCCGUCCAAUUCAUGGAGAGCCACCAGCAGCAGCCCUUCCUGCUUGUCAUGUCCUUCGUACAGGCUCACACGGCGCUUUACAACAACGACCUGUUCCGCAACCACAGCGUGCACGGCAGCUACGGGGACAACCUGGAGGAGAUGGAUUGGAGCGUCGGGGAGGUUCUGUCGUCACUCAAGAAGCUGGGCCUGGAGAGAAACACCUUUGUGUAUCUGACGUCAGAUAAUGGAGGUCACGUGGAGGAGUUCACAGACGAUGGCGAACGAGAAGGCGGCUGGAACGGAAUCUAUAAAGGAGGCAAAGGUAACACAUGGGAGGGUGGCAUCCGAGUUCCUGCCAUCGUCAAACUGCCUGGCGUCAUCCCGCCAGGCACCGUGGUGUCUCAACCCACCCACCUACCGGACGUCUUACCAACAGUGGCCCGAGUCACCGGAGUCAAGCUGCCCACUGACAGGAUCUACGAUGGUCGGGACCUCAUGCCAUUACUGACUAACGACAGUAGCGAGAUGACACAUGAGUUUAUGUUCCAUUACUGUGGAGUCUUCAUCAACGCGGUGCGGUACACGCCAGAAGGGGGUGACACCACGUACAAGGUUCACUACACAACCAGUCGUCUCAUUCCGGGGCCCCAUGGCGUGCUGGGCUGCUUCCAAACCUACACGUGUGAUUGCACGGGCUGGAGCACGGACCAGCACGACCCGCCCCUAGUGUACGACCUAACCAGGGACCCCUCGGAGGCUAGCCCGCUGGACAGCAAGGACCCAAUAGUCGUAGAGGUCAUCGGCAAGGUGGAGGAGGCGGUGUCCAGACACCGUCUGACGAUUCCCGACCAGCAGUCGCAUCAGUUCAGCGUUCUGCAGACGUUCCCCCGUCCCUGGGAUCGCCCGCGCUGUGGGAGCUUUCCCUUCUACACCUGCACCGAUCCGUAUCUGAAUCAUUUUAAAGCUGACAAAAAAAAGACUCCAAGAUAGUAUAUAUUUUGGAUUCCAUCUAUUCUAGUAGCGUAUCCGUAUUUUCAGUCUGGGAAGGCACAACUUCUGAAAAACAAACCCCCACUUUUUGUCUUUCGUAAAAAAAAUACACCUCUUAAAACAGGGGAAGUAUUUCUUUUAUUUCCUUAAAAGAAAUGAAAAAAGAGGACCAAAUGCCCCUCUGGAUACGCUAAGCUAAUGUCGCAUCGUCCUGGGUCAAAAUUACAUGGUUUUAACUGUGUAGUUAAUUUCAAUCAUAGUAAAGUAUCGGUAUUUUCACUGAACAUAGACAAAUUAAGUAAAACUUAAUGCAUUUUAUGGCUGACUGGUCUCGCUGUUAGCACAGCGUAGCCCGUUAAGAAGGUCGAGCUGUGCAACGUGGCAGACAGUGCAAGAUUAUGGUUAGGCCUCCUCUACAGUGCUUCCCUGCUAAAUUAACUGGUAAUCACCCUGAAUGUCACUUAACGUUAUGUACGCUUAAUGUUCGUUCACUGAAAAAUAAGUCUGCUGAUUUUGUGGAUUAUGUUUGCACCAGUGGAGCUGACAUCUUUGCACUGACUGAAACCUGGUUAUUAAGGACAUCGAUUCUGCUCUUAGAUCUGAAGUAACUCCGUCGGGUUUCAAGCUCGCAGAUCACACACGUGAGAGAAGGAGGGGUGGUGGUACUGCUCUCCUUCUAUGGGAAUCGUUGGAGGUUAAAAAGAUUGCCGCCGCAGAACAGACGCCCUUUGAAUUCUCGGAAUGGCUUGUGGGAUCUGGAUCUCAGCAGCUACGCGUUGUUGUCAUUUACAGACCACCCUAUUCAACUAUAUAACCAUCCAGUUACAAUGACUACAUUUCUACAGGAAUUUUCCGAUUACCUGGAAUCAGUUCUGCUGACUAGCGCACCACUGAUAAUUACUGGGGACUUUAACAUUCAUGUGGAUGAUGCUGACAACUAUGAAGCAAUACGGUUUUCUGAGCUACUGGAAUCAUUGAACCUUACACAGCAUAUUGAUCAAUCAACUCAUGUUCUAGGACAUACAUUGGAUUUGAUCAUUACCCGUAAAUCAGAGACAAUAAUUGAACAUACGCCUGUUGUUGAUUAUUUAUUCUCAGAUCAUUAUUCCAUUUUGUGUAAACUUAUUUUAAACAAACCUGAUUUAUCUGUAAAGGAGGUAUCUUAUAGGAAGAUUAGCUCUGUAGACAUGGAUAUGUUUAAGAAUGAAAUCUCUGAAUCUGAUUUGUGUAAUAAUGACUCAAGCCAAGGUAAAUCUGAUGAUCUUGACCAUUUGGCCAUUUCAUAUAAUACCAUCCUUAGUGACAUUGUUGAUCAUCAUGCUCCUGUUGUUAAAAAAAACGAUUAUUGCUCGGCCCUGUGUACCAUGGUUUAAUGAGGAAAUCAGAAUUGCUAAGAAAAUGCGUAGAAAAGCUGAAAGGAGAUGGAGAACAACUGGGCUUCAGCGUGAUUUUGAUUUGUUUAAGUUGAACAGAAAUAAGGUCAUUUUCUUGAUGAACAAUGCUCGUCAGGAUUACUAUUCCAACCUGAUUAAUGAAAAUAGUGGUGAUCAACGGAAUUUUUUUCAGGUUAGCAGGUCUCUGCUCAAUCUUAACAAAAGCUCUCUUGUGCCACCGCACACCGAUGAUUCGAUUCUUGCGAAUGAGAUGGGUAAUUUCUUUGUUCAAAAGAUUUCCAAUAUCAGGUUGAGAUUGAGUAAUGAGACCUGCUCACCUCAGUUAUCUUCCUCCACACCCUCAUCACCUAGGUCUGGGGGAACAUUGACCGAUUUUGUGCAACUUUCUGAAGAUGUAGUUCGUAAGCUCAUCUUAGGUUCUAGUAAGAAGUGUUGUAUCCUUGACCCUAUUCCAAUGAAGUUACUUAUUAGUUCUUUAGAUCUGUUAUUGCCUGUUAUAACCAGAAUGAUCAAUUCCUCUUUAUGUACUGGUCAUUUCCCAGCAGCCUGGAAAUCAGCAGUGGUUUUACCAUUGCUUAAAAAGCCUAGUCUAGACUUAAAGAUUGAAAAUUUUA